AUGAGUAGGUUCGGCAUGGAGGAGUACACCACGUUCUUCCUCAAAUUUUUGGUCGCCUUGUUCUUCCUCAUGACCUUUGGACAAGUUGGUCAGUUGGCCUACUGCUGGUUAAUGACGGGCGGGCUCUCGUACUGGGUGAUGACGUCCGGACUGGGCUUCACCUCUGAUGAUGCCAUCGCCACCAUUGCCACAGUUUUCGGACUCCGUGCGAUUCCAUUCCUCUACAAGCGACUGAUCACCUUGGCUGCAACAUAUCCCUUGGCGCUCACCUUCAGGCACAUCCAUGCGAAACGAGAUGAGACACUUAUUUGCUUCGAAGAUUCUGCCCAAGUACACGAUAGAGGAGGCAGCGUCAGUCGGAUGAGUCACUUCACUGACUCCAGACUGGCACAGUCCAAACAUGUCCAAACUUAA